GUUCGCCUCUCAAAAUGGCGGCUGAACCCACACGGGAUUGGAGCGAUGAGCAGCUCAAAAGUGAUGAUUUACCCAAAAAAGACAUAAUAAAGUUCCUCCAGGACAAUGCGGCCCACUCGUUCCUCAAUGAGCACAAGCUGCUGGGAAACAUCAAAAAUGUUGCCAAAACUGCAAAGAAAGACCAACUGGUUAUUGCCUACAAUCAGCUCUUUGAGAGCAAAAGGUUUAAAGGCACAGAAGCAGUGGAAGAAGUGACUGAGAAGGUCAAAGCUGUGAAAGUUGAAGAUAAAGCCAAAGAAGUCAAGACAGAAGUCGUGGAUGAGGGUCCUCCAAAGUACACCAAAUCAGUGCUGAAGAAAGGCGACAAGACAAACUUCCCAAAGAAGGGCGACACUGUGAGCUGCUGGUACACCGGUACCUUGGAGGAUGGAACUGUCUUUGACACCAAUGUUCCCGCAGGGGCGAGAAAGAAGAAGCAGGCCAAACCUCUCAGCUUCAAAGUUGGCAUGGGCAAAGUCAUCAGAGGAUGGGAUGAGGCCCUACUAACAAUGAGUAAGGGUGAAACAGCGCGAUUGGAGAUUGAACCAGAAUGGGCUUACGGAAAGAAGGGCCUCCCAGAGUCCAAAAUUCCCCCCAAUGCAAAGCUGAUUUUCGAGGUCGAGCUGGUAUCCGUGGAUUAGCUGAAAGCAUGCACUACAUUUCAACAACACAUAUUUGAAGGCCUUGAGGUAGAGGACAUAAGCAUGCGUCUUGGAUUGUGAUGUUCCCAGGAUGUCUUUGUAUUAGCUUAUUCCAUAUAAACAGACUGGAUUUAAAACAGUUACAUUACAGUAUUUUAGGUUUGAGAUCAAGUUAAAUGUCUUGUUAAUAAUGUACAUACAAGAGAUCACGAGAUGGUUUGUUCUUUUGCAUGUACAAUGUCAAAUAAACUUUUUCCCCAAA